UUAAAUUGGAAGUGCUAUUCCUGUAUAUUCCACAAAUUCAAAACUGAUUUCUUUAAGAUAUAGUUGCCUAUCUUACUAGCCAGUAAGAGAAGACUUACUAGUUCUAUCACGGCGUCUAAUAAUCGCACGCGAAAAAAGAAGCAAAAGAAGAUUUAGCGGCAUCGUGAAGAUUGUAUUUAUACAUUUCGUGUAAAAGUAGCAUUCUAAGCUAAAAUGUCGAAAGCACAUCCACCAGAGUUGAAAAAAUAUAUGGACAAGCGGCUUUCGUUAAAACUUAAUGGCGGCCGAGUCGUUUCCGGAAUUCUACGCGGUUUCGAUCCGUUCAUGAAUGUCGUGGUCGACGAAUCGAUCGAAGAAUGUAAAGACGGUACUCGAAACAACAUUGGAAUGGUGGUAAUACGAGGAAACAGCAUUAUUAUGGUAGAAGCGUUAGAUCGGAUAUAGAAUACAACAAAAAUAUAAUCUACGAAUAAAGCCAAUCCGUUCUUCUGUA